AAUUCAAAAAACUGUAUACAAAGAUCAUAGGAUACUUAAAUAUGUUGAGAGGAAGAGAAGAGAGAAUAGAGGCAGUGUCCGAGAAACAGAUAAUGUACACCAGAACUGGCAGCUUAAAGACGCCAGCUAAGAGAGCAUCACCAGAAUUAGCUCAUCCUUUUCGAUAUUAUCUCAAGCGUUUCAGCGGAAGCAUGGCGGACGCUUUGCGGAUUAUUUCCCCGGUGAAAAGCCGCACACUCGACUCGUCAACAUCAUCAUCAUCAUCGUCUUCUUCAUUUUCAUCGAAGCACAGCAGCCGAUCAUCAAGGCAGCAGCUAAUGAUGGCUGGAAGUAAUUGUCCAUGUACAUUUGCAGCUACACGACGGCAUUCAAUCGGAACGGACCAUCACAGAGCUGAAGCCAUAGAUGAUUGUAUCAAAUUCAUCAAAUCCACCUUGUCCAGAUCAAAGUCACUCUCUCCUUAAGUUUAAUGAUUGAAUAUGCUGACGGUUAGUUAGGGUUUAUUAUGAUAUAUAGCUAGUAAUUAACUUAGAACAGUUUGUUCGUAUGUAACAUUUUUUGUGAUCAGAUCAACUGAUCAAGUGGUGUGGAAAGUAAUAUUGUUUUCAGUCAUAAGGUUGAUAUCAUUUUUUUAAUCUAUCGAAAGAUCACAUGACUUGAUCUGAAUUAUGAUAACUUGAUGAAUGAAAAUUUUAUUUGUAUCUUAUGAGUAAAUGAUUACAGCAGAGAAAUAUGUAUCCAAAGAUAGUG